AUGAUAUCAGUAGCAUUUCAUGGAACAAGAGCAUAUCUUAUAGACAAAAGUCUUAUACCAAUAGUUUUGUUAUGGUUAGACCCAGUUGUUGGAUAUAACUUCAUAACAUAUGGUUCAUUCGACUCAGAACGUUGCAGUGAAGGCUUACUUUAUAUCGUUCAGAAACCGAAGGACUUCAACACAAAAAGAUAUAAGAUAGGAAGGACAUAUAAUAUAACUCAAAGAUAUGACAGUACAGUCAAUAGAGUCAAGGUUGUGUUUGUUAAUGAUAUGAGAGCUGCUGAAACAGAACUGCUUGAAGUUUUUGAGAAAAUGUAUGGUGCUCCCACGAAAGGUAAAGAAACGUUUGAAGUAGAUGAGAUAGAUAAAGCUAUAAAAUUAUUUGACGAAGUUGCUGAAAAAUACAUGUAA